CGAGACGUUUCAGUGUGAGUGUAGCUGUGACUGAGUAAGGAUGCUAUAGGCAUGCGCUCCUGCCGUGGCGUAUCUUAUGCGCUCCAUUCGUGGGUAAUUUUGACAUAGAAGUUUGCGAUCGGUUAAUCAUCAUGGACUGCUUGAUGGGCGAAGUGAGGAGGAGUGUGCCUUACUGCGUCAUGGCCCUCGUCUUGUUAAACUUGCUGGCCGACAUUAGGGUUGCUAAGGGAGAAUAUUUGCAUAAAAACUCCACUACAGAUACUUCAAAUGACACCACCACCCCAUCCCCCCCGGCGCUCAGAAGAAUUCACACCACGGAAGAAAAUAAAGAAGAUGGGGAAGUUGGUUGUCACUGCAAUCUCCCUCGGUGUGUCACUACGAGUUACAUGUGUAAGAGUGCCAUGGGGGCGUGCUUUACCAGAAACACGCCGACACCCACCCGUGCAUACGCGCAAGCUCACAGGAUGUACCAGCGGAGGGCGCCGAUGCAUGGUUGUGUUGAAUUGUUGCCAGAGUCCCUUCAUAAAGAAUGUAUGAAAAAGAGUGGUGCACGCACUAGUAGCAGAGAGGGCGAUCACACAGAAACUGCCAACAGUGACCCUGACCAUGUGCCUGAUCCUGAGCUAAGUUGUUGUAGUCAAGAUAUGUGUAAUUACCAUGAUACUGGUGUAUACAUACCAGUUGAUAUUACAUAUGAUAGUCAAACAGAUAUGAAUAGAAAAGAUACAGAGAUGGUGGAGACUUUAUGGUUUAGAGCAGCUACCAUUGCUGUUCCCAUAGCAGGAGGAUUCAUUUUGAUAGUGUUAGUUUUGCUAGCAAGCAGAAUGCUGUCAAAGGAAAACAAAAGACACAGAAUGGCACAGGUAAUUGGAGAACGAUACCUCAAGGCACCCCUGUACCCAGGUGGGUCAUCAGAGCCACUGCCUCAUCUUCCAUUGUAUUACCAUGCUCCUCUCUCUAAAGCUCCCUCACUUGCUCAGUCAAGCCAUAGGGCAUCGUAUGAGGAAAAGCCUUGCAAUUACAGGCCUCCUGAUAUACAGAUAUGUAGCUUAGAGGAGAUAAAGCCCCUGAAUAUUUUAAAUCAAGAUAUACACUGGGACCAAAGGGACACAGAUUCUCCUCUGCCUUCUUGAAGACUGCAUUGUUAUUGUAAGGACGUUCUUAGCAUGAAAGACUUGCAUUUGCAGCUGUGAGUUGAAAAAAUUGCUAAAGAGAGACAUGUAUUGCAGUCUUCCUGAAGUUAUUACAGAAGCAGUGGAAGUGUUUGAAAAAAGGAGAUUACACUAAAGUUUGCCAGAUCAUCAGUUUUGUGAUAAGUGAAGUGUCAUUUUUAAAUAGUUUUCAAAGCAUUUACAGUUGCUAAAGCUUUUGAUCUUCAACACCAAAAAGAUUUUAGUAAGUUGAUUUUAGAAGUCCCAAUGCAGUAUUGAACAUUGGUAACUGUAAUUCAGAUUUUGACACAAAAAUAGUGCCUGAAAACAAAAAUUUCAUAGACAUCUAAUGCAUAUUUUGGAUAGACUAAACUGAUUUUUGAAAAGACUAUUUUUUACUGUCCUUAAGAGUGUUGUCCCCUUUUGAAGUUUUGUAAAGUGCUACCAAAAGGAUUUUCUGUGAUUUUUUGCUCAGAAUAAUCAGUUGUAAAUUAUACAUUGCAUCCACAUUUCUCACUUCUCUUAUGCUUAAGAGAAUUACCAAUUACCAGAUAUUAAGAAUAAUUUAAGCAGAAAGGUCUGUUUAUUUUUUACAUUUAAUUUGAAUGGUAAUCUCAUAUGUUGCAUUAGUAUUGCUGCUUUGUUUAAUAAGAUAUUUAUCACUUUGGUGAUGUCUUGAACAAUCUCUGUGAGAUAGAUUGCCUUGUAUGUUGUUGAUGAAUAUAUCGUCCUUGCAGAUUGUAUAAAAUAUUUUGUGUGAUAACAAUCAUAAUGGCAAUGAACAAUGGGGAAUGCCUUCAUAGAAUUCUUCUAACGGUAGCAGACUGAUGCCAUAUAGGUUUUGCUAAAUUUAUCAAUGUGGUAGUUAGAUGCUGAAGAUUGAUUUUUAGUGGUAUAUGCCACCUUAUUUUAUGUAGCAACUAUAUUUUGUCCUGUAAACUUGACAUUCCAGAACUUUUAGCUGAGUUACUCUAAAGGUUACCAUCUAAAAUAGUAAAAUAAAAAAAAAAUGUUCCUUAUACUGUAGUUCAAUACACAAUAGUGUCAAUUAAUUUUAUAUUUUAGGUAUUGUAUUUUAAAUUACCAUUUGUGAAGACCAUGUUUGUCCAUAUUCAAAGCAGAUGAAAGCCUCAACUCCCUUGUCUUUUAUAUAGACUGUGUUGACACAGGUGAUUAUGGUUUUUAUUAGGUUAGUAUACUUUAAAUUUUAAUUAUGAUAGCCAUCAAUAAUGUGAUGAAAUUCACGUCCUGUAAGUCAGGAUUGUCUGGAAACCUUUUGUUACAAUUGAGAGACUGGUAUAAAAAUGGUAUAAAAAUUAAGUCAUUCAUUAAAAGGAAUAUAUUUGUUGAUGAAAGGCAUGUAUGUUUCACUUAUGAGAGUAUAAUGUCUAAAUUAUUUUAAUAUCGUUUAUCUCAAAACUUUUCUUUAGGGAUAUUAAUUUACUACUGAAAUCAAGUUUUUAUCAACAUGGGCAUGAGUAUUUGGUGCAAGUUAUUGAUUCUUUCAUAUUUCCCUUACAAUAGGAAGAAAUAGCAACCGUUUUUUUUUUUUUUCUUUUUUUUAUAUAUA